UACAGAUGGACUUUGAGGCUCCACCACCUUUCACAGGAGCAUUAGACGAGCCUCCAGAUGUGGAAUUGGAUGCUCGAUUGACCGUCGACGACGAUGAUGAGGUGGCCAGUCAAGCAGACAUUCCUAUCGACCUCCCUUGUUCCUCGUCUCCACCAAGUUUACCGCCGGUAAUUUCUGUGGCGAAGAGGAAAUCGCCUGAACCCAAAUCACCCACUCCUCCACCACAAGUUUCGAAGGACAAUCCUCUGCCGGAGGUAAACGGGAUUAUUGAAAAUGGAGAUUCACAAGCGCCCAAUGAUGAUAACUUGGAAGUGAAUGAUUUGCGGCAGUCCAUCUCACCCACAACGGACAGUAAAGAAAGUUCGGAAGAAUCCCGGGAAGCUGUAGAGUCGGCUACUUCGUACGUUCCUCCCACUGAGGAUCAAAGCCACAGUCGCGAGGUUGUCGAGGAAACGGACAGCAAUGUGGGACAUGUCUCACAAGAUCAAGAAAAGGGCUCGCCUGUUGCUAUAAAUAAAGCGAAGAAGAAGACGAUUUUGAUGAUUUUGGCGAUUUUGCUGGUGUUGAUGGAGACGCAGAGAGGAAUGGGGAUGGUAGAUUCACAUGCUGAGCCGAUGGAAAAAGUUGAGCGAGCAGGUUUCGAAUGGAACGCUUUUGAAAGGAACGAUGAUGAGGAGAAUCAGGUGCAAACGGAAAAUACGAAUCAGUCAGACGGUUGGAAUGCUUUUGACCAAAGUAAUGCGGCAGAAGACAACGACUGGCCCGCAGAUUUCCAAGAUGCUGCCGUCGUCCAAGACUCCAAAAAUGGUGAUCAAUUUGGCUUUGACGAGAACACAUCUAGUUUAUGUCCGGUCUUGGAUGAACUGUUUGACUCACUUGAUCUUUGGAAUGUGGAAAGCGAAAUAGGCGGUGAUGAGGCGCAUGACCUUAAUGCCGUGCUUGACGCUGAUGAACCUCCGAAAGCUGAAAGCGAUUCUAGUCCUGAUUUGAUUUCCACUCGCCGGAGUUUUGAUCUUUGGUUUGCUUUGCGGAUUGUCGAAGACGCAUUGGCUUUGAAGUUUGAAUGGAAAGGCUCCGAACACGGUGAAAAUCUAUACAAAGCGCUCAGAGUUGACCCGAAGAUUGCUGGACGUGGAUCUUUGCCUCCUCUUUCUACUUCAACUGUGCUUGAACCAACACCAUUUACUGCAAAUGGAACAACACGUCGAUCUGUAAUUAUCUCGCGAGAAGAAGGAGCCCGUGAUGCCAAGGUUCGUGCAUCGGAUGCACCCUCAAAGCCAUCUCAGCCUAGAACCUCUCCCAUUGUUGAGUCACCUACAAUUCCUCAAGCCGAUUUUGACUGGGAUAAGUCGGGAUUGACUAAUCCGACGAAUGCAGCCAAUCGUUCUUCGGCGUUGCUUGAUGUUGACUAUUUUUCCGCAAAUAGCGGUACUAAUAUGUCUACAAUAUCAACUUUGCAAAAGGAACUAGAUCAAUUAGGACUAUUGAAUUCAUCAACGCAGUCGCUGAAGAAGCCAGCAAAUCAGCCAUCCGUGCUGGACGUGCUAAUGGCUUCAAAGUCUGAAGGCAAAGCAAGCCGACCUCCGUCCGAACUCUCCUUAGAUGCAAGGGCUUUACAUGACCAGUUACCAGAUAUUGAAUUCUUGCGGGCGAACAUGAUAAUGUUUCCCCUCGGAGGGACACGUUGCGACCACCGUUGAAUACAGAUUUCCUAUUUGAAAUCUAAUGCACCAUGUAUUCAGUGUGCUUUCCAUGUAUGCUUGUAAUUGAAAUAAUUAACAUGAGCUGAGCAUCAAAGCUAUCUUCAAAUGGUAUUUUCUGUGAUUUCGGGUGUUGUGAAGUCUGUAGCUCUCCGGUGUUCUUCAAUUUUGAAUUUGUUGAUAGACUUGUCUGUCUGUUCUAGUCCACAUAUCAGCUGAUCGUGAUUCGAUGCACCAUUUGCUCGCUUUUGUAUCGGCGUCCCCUCUCUACCUGUUGGUAUCGCGAGUGCCUCCUCACAUUAUUACCAAAAUGUGCAUCUUUGUUGUUGUAUCAAUUGUGGUGGAUUUGUAACUCAUUGAUGAGCAGUUGUUCAAUAGCCGAAAGUGCCUUAUUUUCAUAUAUUUAUUACUUUCUACUGCGAUAUGUGAUGCAUUAUAAUCUGUCUCUGAGAUGUAUGAAUAUAGUUCAACAUGUUCAAGAUGUAAGAAUAUAGGUAGACGUUUCAUAUAGGCAUUAAAACUUCGUUUCCAUGAUCAUUUCGUUGUUGU